GACGUAUAACGUUUACGUAAACAUAACCUAUAUAAUCAGUACUUACCAAGACAAUUUUUUUAUUUGAAUAGUUUACUAUUAUAUUAAAAAUUAAUAUAAUAAGCUCAGCAUUAACAUGGAACUUGAAUUUACAGAACUUGACGUGCUUCAUGAACUUUUAGAUGAAACUAAGCUAAAUGAAAUGAUAAGAGAAUCAGUUGAGAUAAAUAAAUUAGGGGCCUUAUUAAAAUUGAAAAGCUAUUUUAUCAUGAAAGGUAAACAUCAAAAACUUACUUUCAAUUUUGAACAAAUAAUAGAAAUUGCAAUGAUUAAUGCUAAUUCAGAAAUAGUACAAAAUGCCUUGUUGGUGUAUUCAGGUGAACAGCAGUUUCAGAAAUUAUUCUGUUAUUUAAGAGAUAAUAUUAAGUCAUUAACAUCAAAAAAGAACUGGGAUUUUUUUGUAACAGUUUUUAAUGUGGGUCUUUGCUUAAGUAAGAGCAUAAAUAAUAAAAACAUUAAAAAUGUCGUUGCAAAGAGUGCUACAGACAUUUUUACUUAUGUGCUUGAAAAUAUUGCCAUAAAGACUUGUCUCUUAAAAGAAAUGUUUGUAAACCUUGCAACAUUUACAGGAGAAAAUGAUAUAACAUUGUUUUUACUAUGGAACAUUAUAUUAAAAAAAAAUGAUAUAGAAGCACUUUCUGCCUUAGCAGAAUUUUUUUGUGAUAACAAAAAAGACUUGCUGGUAAGUUUAAUUAAUUACGAAGAGUUUUUCAUUCUUUUUGAAAAAAUUCUUUACUCAGGUAGUGAAUUUGAUAGAAAGCAUAUACUGUAUUUUUGGCAAAAGGUGUGCGAUGUAAUUUUUCAAGGAAAAGAUUGUAACUGCUCAUAUAUUUCAUUUGAUACAAAUAAUAAAGAAGCAAUCUUUGAAGCUUGGAAAUAUUUCUUCAGUUUAAGUGAGAUUUCAAAAGAAAAACAAAUUCAUCUUUUGGAACCUGCACUGCCAUUGCUUAGUAAAAUCAGCAUUCUACAUCCUCUUUGGCUUGGUUACAUUUCUAACAGUUUUCUGGUACAUUCUCAUAAAAUAAUAUCUUACCAAACAUUACAUUAUUUAUUUGAAAACAAAUUAUGCGACAACGUUAAUGUUUUUCAAAGAAUAGUCAAGAAUAUUUUACUCGUUUUAAACGAUACAGAGUAUUCCACUUACACUUUAAAGUCAUUUGCAUUGCUUGAGCAAUUUUUAGUUGCAUCAGCUGAUAAUUUAUUUAGAAUAUUUUUGAAAAAUCUUUUUGAAAUGAACUGUGCUCCAGUACCAUUUUAUUUUAUGUGCAAAACUAUUUUACAUUGUAAUAAGGCCCUAGAAAAAACAGAAAUAGAAAAGUUAAUUACAACCACGGAACAAUUACCAAACACAUUUAUUCGGUAUGAAUGUAUUUUUUUAAUUGAAAAAUAUUUUAAUAAGUACCUAUGUGAGAAUGAAAAUGUUACUUUGGAGCACACAAUAAAUAUCUUAAAACUAUCAGGGGCAUUAUGCAAUUCUGAGCAAAUACAAGCACAGAUUUAUAGAAGGUUUGUCAGUCAUAAAGAAUAUUUUAUACGUCAUAUACAUUCCAAAAAUGAUUUCAAAAUCAUAAAUGUAUUUAAAAAUAGCAAGGAUAUAAAAAGUUACAUUGAAAGCAGGUUUCAAGAUCCAGUAUCUGAAAAUAAAUUACCCUUUUCAGUUGCUGUUCAUAUGAUGCACUAUUUUCCAUGUUUUAUUAACAUGCCUAUUCUCUCAAAUUACUUAAACUUUGCUCUUGAAAAUAACGUUACAACUCAUGAUAUUACUAUAUUAUUAAGCGUCAUUGCGAGCACACCUGUGUUAUCCACUAAUGCGAAUUCAAAACUUGGAAUUGAUUUGUCUCUUAAGUGUUCUUAUAUUCUAUUAAAUGAGACUAAUGUUCAAAGUAACAGAAUAUCUCUAGCAUUUGAAAUUUUACUUCAAUAUUACAAUGUAAAUGCUGUCUCUACAGAAGAAGUCGGAUUAAUUAUUGAAAGGUGGAUCAAUAUUUUUAAAAGUGAUGUUAAGACUAACGGUAAUGUUUACUUAUGUUUUUUAAAUCUCUACCAAAAAGAAAAGAUAGCAAAAAGAGGCGAUGAUGUACAUGAAUUCUGCAACUUUUGCACCAGUUUCCUUGAAAUUUUACCUUAUUCAAGUUAUCCAGACUUAUUUUCAUACAUAAAAAUAUUGUUUGAAAAAGGAGAAAAAAAUUAUCAAGUAAUUUUUAAAUUGGUGGAACAUUAUAUAAAACGAAUUUUGGAAAUUAACAAACCGCAUAUUUUUGAAAAGGCAUUGGAAACGCUUUUAGAUAGCCUUAUAUUAAACAAUAAAAUUCUGCUAUCGCAAGAGUUUUUUGUUAAAAAUUGUUCGUACGUUUUAAAUGAGUUAAUGAAAGAAUGUAAAAAAGUAAUAGAAGUACCUGUAAGUAUCUCAAAAAUUCUCUUAAAACUCUCUCAACAAAAUUCCAAUGAAUUGCUAAAUUUUUCACAUGUUAUUAUGGAGCUGUUAUUGUAUGGAGAUUUAUUAAGGAAAGACCAAGUAGCAGAAUUUAAAAUUUACUACAACUCUAAAAACAAGCAAAAACAGAAUGUCUUUGUAUGCCAGAGGAAUUUGGUACGAAUUAAUGCAGUAAACAUUCUUCAGAACGCAUUAGGUGAUCAAAACAGUAGAAGCACUUUUGCAGAUACAUUGGCUUUAGUGUUACUGGAUGAAUAUAUUUUGUAUUUUAAAAAACGUUAUUUUAAAAAUUCCCAGAUUCAUUUAAGAAAACAACGAAUUUUGCAAGCCCUUUUAAUUUUAUUACCCUACAUAGCUUUUGAAAAAUUGCAUUUAAUAGAUACUCUAAUGGAAAGUUUGUGUUUAGAAAGCAAUCAGACAAGCGUCAAGCUUUUAAUUCAGUGGAUUCUGAUCGAGGGGAUGAGUGAGUGUUAUAUAGAUAUAAUUUCAAAUAAAGUAAAUGGGGCAAGUAAAACUCAACCCUCAACGAUAACAAGUUUUGUGUUCAUCUUAUAUUCCUUGGCUUGCAAAAUAAAUAAAGAACACGUGUGGGGUAAAAUUAUGAAGGAAAUACUCCCCUGGACCAUGGGAGCACAUUUUAAUCUUCGAUUGUAUGCACAGGUCGCCUUUGUGAAAUCCUUUGAAAAAAUAAAAAAAUUGAGAUACGCCUCUUUAGAACAGAGAUUCAUUUGUGCUUAUGAAUCAAUAAAUCAGUUAAUUCCACAAAUAAAUAAACCUUUUGAUCCAUUAGAACUAUAUUUUCUGGAGUCGUUUUCUACGACUGAUCAUUAUACAUUGGAAAAUAUUUAUAUAACGAUACCAAGAAUAGCUCAAGUCACAGAAAUGGAAUUUUUAUCGAUUUCGACUAAUGAUUUUCUGCCAAGUGAAUUAUUACCAAUUCAAAACGAUAAAAAAAUUAUUAUUGAUUUUCCCAAUAAUGAAAACGACGAAAAUGCUGAUGCAAAUAGUGUAACAAGCGCUUUUCCAUAUAUAAUACAACAAAAAAUAACUCCUCCAUGGAGAGAAGAGGUCCGACCAAACACCGGAGAUCUCAUUCUUAUAGCGAGCUUAGUUGAAAAAGUGCCGAAUUUGGGAGGAUUGUGUAGAACUUGCGAAAUUUUCGGUGUAAAAAGUUUAGCGAUAAGAAGUAGUUGUUUAAAAAAUAAGAAUGAAUUUUUAAGUCUAAGUAUGUCUUCCGAAAAUUGGGUUGAUAUUAUUGAGGUGAAGGUAGAAAAAUUAUAUCAAUAUUUACUCUCACUUAAAAAUAGUGGAUUAGCUAUAAUUGGAGCUGAACAAACAUCAAAAAGUGUUAAAUUGGGUGAUUUUCGUUUUCCUAAAAAGUGUGCAUUACUUUUGGGGAAUGAGAAACACGGAAUUCCAGCAGAUUUACUACAUUUACUAGAUAUCUGUUUAGAAAUUCCCCAAGUAGGUGUAAUACGAUCAUUAAAUGUACAUGUUGCAGCUAGUAUAAUAGUUUGGGAAUACACAAAACAGCACAUAUUAUCAAACUAGAAAAAUAUACAGUACCAUAGGAAACUUUUAUAAUAUUCUUUUUCAACCAAUAAAAUAUUUCAAUAAUUUGUUGUUAUGUGAAUAUGUAUUUAUU